AUGGAUGGUGAAAAAUGGAACCAUGUUUUUGUCAUUUGGGAUUUUGAUGAAGGCAAUGUAGAAGCAGAGUUAUUAUGGACUACUUGCUGGGAGGAUUUGAUUAAAAUUGAAGAUCUUGAUUCAUGCCCCAUACAAUCACCAAGUAACACGAAUGAAAUCAGUUUAGAAAGAGGAAUAAUAGUUCAAAGAAACAUUGAAAAUGUGAUUAACAAUUGCCAACCGCAAUUGAGGGAAGGUUUCCUUGAUUGCUUGAGAAGACACAAUCCCCUAAUCCAUGUCUCAAAGAACAGUUUGCAUGCAAGUUAUGUGAGAUUACUGUCUUCCAGAAGAAACUUGGGUCAUGUUUUGCUCCAAGAUGUGUCAAGAGCAGAAGGUGUUGGAGAUGAAUCGGUGCAAACUAAAACUAAAACGGAAAACACUGCUCCAAAAGAGAGCGGAAGCGAACAAAAUGUGUUUGUUAUCGUAGGUAUAACUGCAGUGUCAUCAUUUGGAAUUGCAGCAUUUGUUUUCAUAUUUUGUUGUAGAUGUAGCAGAGCAACUGUUGAUCAAACUGAUGAGAAACCUCUUCUCAGCUUGUGUAGGACUGACUACUCCAAUGGACCGUAUGAAAUAAGUUCAGUAGGAUUAGGAGGAGCUGAUGCUUCUGCUGCCGCUUCGGCAAGACCAUCAAUGGACUUGAAACCUCCUCCCGGCAGGGUUGGACCACCGUUACCUUUGAAACCUCCUCCUGGAAGGCCAAAUCCUCCCUCCGACACACCAAUUCCUCCUCCUUCCACUGAUGAAAAUAAUCCUCCUCUUCCGCCUCCUCCUGGUGCUGAUGCUCCUCCUCCUCCUCCACUGCCAAAGCCGAGUAAUGCUCCACCUCCUCCUGCACCGCCACCGAGUAGAGGUGGUGGUGGGCCUCCACCUCCUCCACCACCAGGUGUAAAAGGCCCUCCACCUCCCCCUCCACCAGGUGGAAAAGGCCCAGGCCCAGGCCCUCCUCCACCACCAGCAAUUAAGGGAGGAGGUGGUCCACGACCUCCUGGACCACCUCCUCUGAAAGGUGCCAUUGGUGGGAAGGCUAGGCCUCCAGGACGAGGACCUGAAGGUCCUGGAGGUGUUCCUAAGCCAAAACUUAAGCCUUUCUUCUGGGAUAAGGUUCAAGCAAACUCAGAUCAGGCUAUGGUUUGGAAUCAGCUUAAAGCGGGAUCCUUCCAGUUCAAUGAAGAAAUGAUGGAGUCGCUUUUUGGAUAUAAUGCUGCUCAAGAAAAAUCUAAACCCGGAAUGAAGAAAGAAUCUCGUGAACAAACUCCUCAGUAUAUUCAGAUCAUUGAACCAAAGAAAGCACAGAAUUUGUCAAUUCUGUUGAAAGCAUUGAAUGUAACACUAGAAGAAGUUCGUGAUGCACUCCUUGAAGGAAAUGAAAUUCCCCCAGAAUUCCUAAACACUUUGUUGAAGAUGGCACCAAGUCAAGAGGAAGAACUGAAGCUCAGACUCUUCACAGGGGACCUACACAUGCUUGGACCUGCUGACCGAUUCUUGAAAGCCAUUGUCGACAUUCCAUUUGCCUUCAAACGAAUCGAAACGCUACAUUACAUGUGCACUCUCUCUGAUGAACUCAUUACUACUAGAGAUUCUUUUGGAGUUUUGGAGGUUGCAUGUAACGAACUAAAAAGCAGCAGGCUAUUCCUGAAGCUUCUAGAAGCGGUGUUGAAAACAGGAAACAGGAUGAACGAUGGAACAUUCCGAGGCGGCGCGCAAGCUUUCAAACUUGACACGCUGCUGAAGCUCUCUGAUGUGAAAGGUGUAGACGGGAAAACCACGCUUCUUCACUUUGUGGUGCAAGAAAUCAUUAGAACAGAGGGAAUAAGAGCAAUGAGAAUGUCAAAAGAGAGCCUAAGCUUUUCGAGCAUAAAAACUGACGACCUUCUAGAAGAUGUCAACUUAGAGAACGAAGACCAGUACCGGGACCUCGGCCUUAACGUGGUGUCCCGUCUGAGUAGUGAGCUUGAGAAUGUCAAGAAAGCAGCGGCUCUGGAUGUGGACGGUUUGAUAUCUACGACGGCCAGACUCGGCCACGGUCUUAUAAAGGCCAGAGAAUUUGUAAACACGGAACUUAAGACCCUGGAGGAUGACCAGGGCUACUACGAAGUCACCAAGAGCUUCGUGGAGAGUGCGGAAGAGGGCGUCGCCAACUUGCUCCGAGAAGAGAAGAAGAUCAUGGCGUUGAUAAAGAGCACAGGUGACUACUUUCAUGGCAAUUCUGGCAAGGAUGAAGGCUUGAGGUUGUUUCCGAUAGUGCGUGAUUUCUUGCUAAUGUUGGAUAAGGUUUGCAAAGAAAUAAAGACUAUACCAAAGAAACCACCACCGGCAGCAGCCGCACCGGCUCAGGCACAAGCACAAGCACAAGCACAGGCAGCACCACCGGCGCCACCGGCAUCAAAUAAUAAUAAUGAAAAACAGGAGAGUGGUAGUUCGAAAACUUCAUCAGAGACACGCGCUGCUCCUCCGCCUCCUCCAAUUUUUCGCAACCGACUUCCGGUAGUUGCAGAAAGGACGGGUGACUUUAGUUCGGACGAUGACAGUCCAUAGAUUCAAGUUGAAUACAGAAGUGGUAUUUUUUGUUUUAGCUAUAUCAUCCUUUGUUGACCCUAUUGGGAUUAGUUCAUAGUUAACCAAAGAAAAAAGCCACGUCUCAUUUAAUUAGUAGUGAUGUAGGGUCUUUCUUGUUUGUAUAAUUGUAUAUUUUUCCCCCCGGUUUCUUUAUUCUGCCUAAUAUAAUUUUUUUCAUCAAA